AUGCUCUUCUUCAGCUUCUUCAAGACCCUUACGAACCAGACCGUCAUUAUCGAACUCAAAAACGAUAUCCGCAUUCGGGGAACUCUGAAAUCGGUCGAUCAGUACCUCAACAUCAAGCUGGACGAUGUCGACGUCCUAGACCUGGACAAAUAUCCCCACCUUUCGUCGGUCAAGAACAUGUUCAUUCGAGGCAGUGUUGUGCGCUACGUGGUGCUUCCCCGGUCGGAGGUUGACGUUGGUCUUUUGGAGGAUGCUACGAGGAGAGAAGCUGCAAACCAGGCCGGAAAGGCUCGAUGA